AUGCCGAUGAGUAGGUAUGAGAUAAGGAAUGAGUACAGCUUGGCUGAUUCAGAGCUGUACAGAGCCGCUGAUAAGGAUGAUCCUGAGGCUCUGCUUGAAGGCGUUGCCAUGGCUGGCCUAGUCGGCGUUCUCCGCCAGCUCGGUGACCUUGCUGAGUUUGCUGCUGAAAUUUUCCGUGAUCUUCAUGAAGAAGUGAUGGUGACUGCUGCCAGAGGCCAUGGCUUAAUGGUUCGCGUUCAACAGCUCGAGGCUGAUGUUCCUUUGAUCGAGAAGGCAUUUCUCUCCCAGACCAAUCAUUCUUCAUUCUUCUAUAAUUCUGGUGUUGAUUGGCAUCCUAAUCAAAAGAUGGACCAGAAUCUAAUCACACAGGGGGAUUUACCUCGAUUUAUAAUGGAUUCCUAUGAAGAAUGCAGGGGCCCACCUCGCUUGUUCCUCCUAGACAAGUUUGAUGUUGCUGGUGCUGGGGCAUGUUUAAAACGUUAUACUGAUCCUUCAUCCUUUAAAAUAGAAGCACUGUCCUCAGGCAUGACAAGCACAGAUGUUCUGAGGGAAAAGAAAACCCGCAAAGCUAAGAAGAAAGGGCCACGCUGGAGGAAUGGAGAAACCCCUGAGGUUGUUUUACCGACAGCACAUGCCAAGCUCCAUCAAUUGUUUCUUGAGGAGCAUGUUGAGAAUGGUGUUAGUAAUCCUGCGCGUCGAGUGAAAUUGAAAAGGAAGCUGAAUGGAUUUCCAUUUAACUUGAAAACUGGGAAGAGCUACAUGGAGAAGCUGUUGAAUACCUCUUCCCCAGAACACAAAGUGGUUCAUGAAGUCUCUGUUAGAUCAUCCCCACUGAAAUUACAUACAAAUGAACCUAAUGAAACUGGGCCUAAAUUGCUUGAAGACAGACCAGUGAGUCCUGACACAGAGAGCGUGGGAAGAGGGAGAAGUCCUCCAUCAUCUCCAGAUAGAGAGGGGCCUAUGCUACAACCAUCCGUAUAUGAGCCAAAUGAGAUUUCCACAGAUGAUAGAAUCUCACAGUUGUCCAUACCAAAUCCUAGUUAUGAAGCAGAUGACAGUUCGUUCGCUAUUCACAGGGUGACUAGUGAAAAGGAUAUAUCAGUUGAUGAAGAAAGCAAAACAGAAGGCAGUUUAGAUGGUUACCAAUCUGAUGAUAUUGCUAGUGAGAGAGACAAUUAUGUAGAUGCACCUUCAACAAUGGAUUCAGAAAUGGAUACAGAUUCUGAACUAAGAGGCAAGAGUGAUUUGGUCUCCUUGAAUAUCAAAAGGCAGCUGUCAAUUUCUGAUGCAAAUGAAGAGCAGCUUCAAGCUCAUUCUUCAGGUUCUCAAUCAGUUGCGACCUCCGCAUUAUCUGACGAUGGGAAAAAAGAGAUGUCUAGUUUUUCAUUAUCUGAUACUCCAAGCACUUCAGCUGAUAACUCUCCAUCAAAUAGUGAUGCUUCUGCUGAAGUUUUGUCGUCUACUAGUAUUUGUAAAACUGAUAUCGUCCAAAGAUCAUCCCACCAGGAAACUGAUCAUGGAGACGUUUUGGUGUCCCAGGAUUCAAAACCUGUUGUUACUGAUGAUACAUGUGUUGGCAGAUCUGAAAUCCCCGACCACACAGAUUUUGGGGAUCUGAUUUCUAGCUCCUGUGUGACUGAUGCAAUCCCCACUUCAGUACAUUUGGAUUCAGCAUCUGUUGUUGGAAAAGGUGCGUUCAGUCAGUCAGAUGAAAUGUCUUCUACUUAUAUUGAAAUCACUGGUGAGUUAAUACAUGCAGAACACGAUGGGACUAACAUGGUUACAAAUCUAUCUAAUAUUCCCAGUGCCCCUUCUGUAGCACUGCAGGUAGGAGACGAUUUCCCACCAAGACUAUCUGCUGAAAUGUGUGAGAAUGUACCCGGUGUAUCUAUGAUCUCUGAUGUUCAUCGUCAUACUAGAGAUAAUUCACUGGGAACAUCUACCGAAUACCUGAAUAGGAAUGAUUCAGAUAAGGAGGAUCUAAAUCUGCAUGAGAACAUAGAUGAUCAUUUAUAUAUGAUGUCUUCCAAAAACACAAUCCCAUGUAUAGUAGAUACGGACGUUCUGAAUUUACACAAAAACAGUAAAUCUGAACAUUCUUAUACUAGUUCUCUGUAUAGUGAUGGUUGCAUGCCUACUGUGUUCGAAGAAAAACACCUUGUGGAUGAGUUGGAUGAUGAGAAUCCGAAUGUAUUUUCUGAUGCUUCAAAUGAUUUAUCAUGCAUUUUGGAGGCUACUCCUGAGAAGGCGAAUGAUGAAAAUUCAUUGGAUAAUAUGGCUCAAACUGUUGGUGCGAAUGAUGAUCACACUUGCACUUUAGUUUACAAUUCGAUUUGUUCACCAAAUUUGGUUUCACCCCAUACAGAAGAGAAUUCUCUUUAUCUGCCCCAGAAAGACUUUGGGCCUCAUGAUGCUUGCGGUUUUGUUACUUCUGCUGAAGAGACAACAGGGACUGAAAUUCCAGUAGCUGAAAAUCCCAAAUCUUGUGACUCCCUAGGGUCACAGGGCUUGAGAAUAAGCAAUGAUGCUUACCCUCUUGAUUUAGCCGAAGUGGAAAGUUCACAUUGUAGUGAGGAAAAUCUUGAUGAGCCUUCGACAACAUCAAGUAGUCUAGAAGUGGAUGGAAUCAACCUGUGCACUGAUUUGAUUGAAAAGGAUGCUACUGAUAUUUCUCUCUCCCCCGAUCCUACAUCACUGAAUGGAGUUCAUGUACAGUUAGAUGAAAUGGAUUCUUUGGCAGAUCAAUCAGGUGCUGUAGUCCCGGCUACUACUGUUGCUGCCAGUGACAAUAAUAGUGAUGAGGAUGGUGUAGAAGUGGGUGGAAUCAACCCGUGCACUGAUUUCAUUGGAAAGGAUGCUACUGGUAUUACUGUCUCUCCGGAUCCUACAUCACUAAAUGAGGUUCAUGUACAGUUGGAUGAAAUGGAUUCUGAGGCAUAUCGAUCACAUGCUGUAGUCAUGGCUACUAAUGUUGCUGCCACUGACAAUAAUAGUAAUGAAGAUGUCAGCUCAUCUGUGGAUCUCAACAAGUUGCCUGAAGCAUCUAUUUGUUCUUCUGGGGAUUUAGAUCAGAAUGCAUUCGAGACUGAAACGAAAUGUCUGCCAGACAGUUGCAAGCAAUCUCGGUUAGCAAAGGAAGUUGGCCAACUAGAAGCUGCCAUGUCAAGUGCAGACUCAGUUUUGUGCAGCAUCCCUGUCGAUCAUGAUCAUCCCAAGUCAGAACUAUCUGUCACCAUUCCUAACUCCUUUCUUGACUUAAAAGUUGAAAACACUUCAGAUCUUAUCAAUGCUGCCCCAACUCAGCCAGCUUUGGAACAAUAUGGCUUAGCUAUGGAACAGGAAUCAUGCCGGCAAGGUGAUCUCAUAAAUCAUAUUGAAGAUUCUUCCACUUUACAUAUCCAUCAUGAUGCAGAAGAAACAAUUGUAGAAGAAAAGAUCAAGUUACUGCCCAAUCAAAGUUAUCAAGAAGAUUUUCCAGAUAAAGGUGAGGAAAACUUGCAGGUACCACAGUUGAAAACUUGCAGGUACCACAAUGAUCCUGAAGGAUCCAGCAAUGCUUCUUCUACAUGUUUACCGGUGAACAUUCAAAAUCAACUUUCUGUAUUGGAGCUUCCAGUACCAGGCAGCUAUGAUAUUAACAUGUCUGGAUAUUUUAAGGAUCCACUAAUUUUAACCGUUCCUCCUAUUAAUCUUCUUUCCGAGGCAAAUCUGAGCAAUUUGGAGGAAUCGCCUCCACUGCCACCUCUUCCUCCCGUCCACUGGAGGAUGGGCAAGCUUCAGCAUGCUUUUGCUCCAGAGAGAGUAGUAAAGCAACAUAAUGUUGGUCCAUUCUUAUCAUCAUUGCCAAUGGUUACUGACCAGAAUGCUCAGAAACAAAAUUUGCCAGUUUCAGCUGUGAAACGUGAGGAUUCACCUUCUUUUCAGGAAUAUUAUACAGUGGCCCCAGAAAUCAAUUCUAAGGAAGAGGUGGCCCUAGAAAUCAGUUCAAAGGAAGAGGUGGCCCCAGAAAUCAGUUCAAAGGAAGAGAAGGUUGUUAGCAGCUCUUCUAGUGUGGAGGCACACCCUACAAGGCCUGAAGCAGUUGAAUUUUUACCGAAAAUGCCUGUGCUUGUCAUGCCAUCUUCAGAGGGUGAAAACACAUCGCCACCUGUGGAAGAUGGAAUUGCAAACGGGAGUAGAUCAAUGAAGCAACCUAGACAUCGAAAUCCUCUGAUUGAUGCUGUUGUGGCUCGUGAUAAAAUCAAAUUGAGGAAAGUGACAGAACGUAUUAGGCCUAAGAUGCAGGAAGUUGAUGAAAGAGAUUCACUCUUGGAACAAAUACGGAGCAAGUCGUUCAACCUGAAACCUGCAGUAGCUAUUAGGCCUAGCGUUCAGGGUCCUAAAACCAAUCUUAAUGUUGCUGCAAUGUUGGAGAAAGCAAAUGCCAUUCGCCAGGCUUUUGUCGGAAGUGAUGACGAUGAUGAAGAUAGUUGGAGCGAUCCAUGA